AUUUUAGGUCCCAACUACUAAUGCAGUUUUCUAUCAGAUCUCAGCGUUAUUAUUAUUAAUUCUACGUAUAAAAAAAAAGAAGAUGAGCAAUUUUGUAAUAAUUAAUCUAGAACUUAAGACUGAUAGAUAUUGACAAUGAAAAUAAAAAUUAAUUUUGCCUCCAAUUCUUAACUAAAAACAAUUAGACAAAUAUUUAUUAUUAUAGAUCAAUUUGACUUAAGUUAAACUUUGGAAAUAAUUAAACAUAUUGUUCUCUGUAUCCAGUAAUAAUACAAUUAUUAUACUAAUGUUAUGUAAAACUACUAUUAAGACCCAGUAUAAAUUUAAAAUAUUUUUUAUUAAGCAUUACAUUUUUAUUUUGCCUUUUGACGUUCAUCAGAGUUUUUUUGUAUAUUUUUGCAAUGAAAGGGUACAUCCUCUUAAUACUUACAAUAUCCUAAAUGUUAUGAUUAAAAAUAGGUCUAGAAUUUUUGUUGAAUAGACACCAAUUAAAACCAAAUCAGUUUGAUAGUAAUAAAAGAACAGGUAUUUUCUUAUAACAAUAAAGUCUGACUUACCUAGUUAAUAACAAGUUAAUGGGCCCAGUGUGCUAUUAACACUUCUUAUAAUGAAGUAAUAUCAUUGAUUUAAUCAAUAUUUAUGUUGCAUACAAAUACAUAUAUAUUUUAUUUAUUUUAAUUAUAGUUAUUAAUUUUAUUUAUAUCAAUAUCUCAACAAUUUUCAACAGAGACAAAAUAUAUGCAAAUACAUAUUUGAGUCAUUAUCAUUCUAAUUUUUUAACUUACAGUUAAGUUGUGGUGUUAAUGUGUAGGCUACAAUUUUAUUCGGACAUUUAUCAACUUAAAAAUAAAAAUUUACAGAUAUUACAAUAAUGAUUGGUAUCUAACUAAGUAUGUAACUUUGGCAUUGCUGAAAUUAACCUUCAUUGAAAUUAUAUAAGAUAAAUUAAUUAUGAACGUCUGACGGGGCUAGUAUUUUGUCACGUUAUUUAUUUUAAUUAAUUUAGGAAAGUAAUAAUGUAGCAAAAAUAUGUGUAUAGAUAUUAACUACUUAUGGUUUAUUAGUUAAUUUAUAUUUUUAUUAAACAGAACCAUUUUAUGUUUAUCUAAAUUUAAUAAUUUAAUAAUUUAAAAACAUUUUUAACUUAGCGAGUUUUUUAAAUUGUUUAUAAUAAUUACUGACUUAUGAUAUUUUUUUAAAUACUUACCCAUUUCUCAUAAUUUAAUUAAUUAAAUUGAACUGUUUUAUUGUUAAAACUUAAUUUGUGUUUAUCUAUCUAUACACUAUUUUUAUGCGCACAAGAUCUGCUUGUUUCUAACGUAAUUUGUGGACCAGACAAAUCCAAAGAGUAGUUCUAUAAAUAAAUAAUGUUCAAAGUUCUGAAUUAUAAAUCAUGUUCAGAAUGAUAAUAAUUAUGUAUACUUACCUAAGUUGUAUGUAUUAAAUGUAUUUUUCCUUUUGUACAUUUCAUUUUUUAUGUACUAGGUGCAUUAAUUUAUCAAUCUUUUCCUAUUGUACAUAUUUUUUUAAUAAUAUAAUGAUUUAGACUGUUAUUUAUUUAACAAGAAUUUACAAUUGUUGUUAUUGGUAUUUGUCAAAUGUACAAUUGAAAGUGAGUGGUAGAGUUAAUUUUGUGAUACCAGUAUACCAAUUCUAAAAUAAAUUGCUUAUAUAACAUUAAAAAUUAAAUAUCAUCACUCGUUUCACAUAAAUUAAACCAUUAUAUUUUACAUUUCUUUAAUCAUAAUACAAUAUUAUGUUGGGCUUAUACCUAUUUCACUAAUAAAACAUUGAUAUAAAAUGGUUUGUAAAUGUGGGUUAUAAUACUUAAGGUACUAUAAUAACUCAAUGUACUCUGUUACCCUUACCAUACACUAAAUAGUUUGAAAAGAUAGUCUAAUACUUUGUCGUAUAGUUAUAAGUAACUAAAGAACAUUUUGUUUAUUAUUUAAUUUGAUGAGCCAUGUGGUUAACCCCUGGUGAUAGUGUAAUAGUACCUUAAUGUGUGUGUGUCGCUUUUUAUUAUCCAAUUAAGAACUAUUACCUAGUUUAACUUAAUGCAAUUUAUAUAUAACUAUUUAAAAACGUUUUUAUGAAAUGUGUUUGUAAUGGAUGUUAUUAUACAAGGUCAUAUUACAGAGAGGUUAACCAAGCCUGCUCAUCUCCCUUUUUCUUUAAUAAUGCAGUUAUUUAAAAUUUGAUUUAUUUGUAAAUUCUUGAAAUUUUUGUACUACUUAAGGAAUCUCAUGUGAAGAUAAAAACUUCUGGUUUUUUUUUAUGACAACCCUCUUCUGUAACUAUUUAGUGGAUGGUACAUAUCAAAAUUUAAAUUUGAACGAGUAGUUUUUGGGUUAUUUUACUUUAUGUACUAAAACUAAGAAUAAUGAGUUGAAGAUAUGGCGGUAAUUGUAAUUUAAAAUUUUUCGUAAUUUAUAUUAAUUAACCUAUAUUAAAUAUUUAUAAUUUACUAGCUGAUCCCGUGCACUUCGUUGUCCAUUAAAUGUAUAAUAUGACUCAAACUUUGUUCAAUUCGUUAUUUAAUAUUCGGUGUAUACUGUAUGGUAUUCAAAAUUUAUCUUAACUUUUCCGUUGCACAGAAUAAAAAUUCUUAUUUGCAGCAGUAUAUUAUCAGGUAGGCAAUCUACUUGCGGUAGAUCGCGGACCCCGUGCUGUUUGUACGUAAGUGUAUGAUUUAACUCUAAAGUAUUAAAGUUAUACCAAGUUUGUCGUAUUCCACCUAUGGUGGACUAAUAUAAUCAAUUAAUACAAAAUUCUAACCUAACCGUGUACUAAUAUCAGAUCAAUAAAAAAAAACAAAUUUAACCAUUUUUAAAUUAGCCUGUCUUACUCCCAUCUACACACAAACAUUUAUAUAUAACAUAUAUCGACAACAAAUAAUAAUACAAAUCAACAAAAAUGCCCGAUUAACCAAUAGACCAAUAUUAUAUAAUACACUGUUGCGCCUGUUGUAUUUUUUACAUCCAGAUUUCCUACUUUUCCCGUGGAUUUUCCUAAAAUUUUCUUUCGUAAAAACCUUCUGGCAAUUACGAACAUCUUAAAAAAAAUUUGAUCCAAGACGACCAGCUGUUCUCGAUUGAUGAGGUAACGACAUUUUUCACGCUCCAUUUUUAUAUAUAGAUAAAAAUAGUCCAAGUACUUAUAAUAAAUAUUGGUUCCAAUAUUACAUCUAUUUUAUAUUUUUAUAAAUCUAUUUUUGAGCACAUUUUCCUUUAUAUAAACAUUUUAAUGACUGAAAAACUACUUGUUCAAAUUUUGAAUGUAGUUGGUACAUCAACUCUUCAAAAAAAAUCAUCCAAUUAUCUAAUUAUUUUACAGUUAAGAAAGAAAGUGGGUUGUCAAGGAGCUAUUAAAAGUGUUAAAUAUUAGCAGCUAAAAUAUAGUUAUGCUAAAAUACACGAAUAAUAAAAAAAAAUUCGGUUCGGACAAAAUAAUUUUGGAUUUUUUAUGCGCGCCCAGGUUCUCAUUUGAAAAUAGACAUUUGUAUCGCCACUGGACAAAAUUGUAGCACAAAAAUAUCCAGAAUAACUUCAUUAUUAAAAGAAUAAUGGGGUGGGUAUGUUUCAUGAACCUAUCUGUAAUCUGUAUAUUAUGUAUACAUACUAAAUUAAAUUCGAAAAUAAUGUAUCUAAUGUCACUCUGUAUUUAAGGAAUUUAAGUGUUCAUAAACAAAUUCCCAAUAAAAAUAAAUCAUAUAAAAAAAUAAAUAUUUAUUAUGCCUGAAAAAUAGUAAGUAUGUAAUGUUAAGUUUAAUUUUUGUACAUUUACUUAUUUAAAACAAAUAUUUCAUGUUACCUAUUACAGUGGAUCUAUCAAAGGAUAGUCUAUACAGAAUUCUAGUAUGUUUAUAUUUAUUAUAAUUAUAUUUAUUUAUCAGCGAUAAAACUCAUGCACCUAGUUAAUUGCAUAGCACAGAAACCAGUGCUCAACACAUUCUCUGGUACUAGUUGAUUAUAUAGCUGAAAACAAAUUAAUACAAGAGUUUAUGAAAAAGUUGUACAUACAAUUAAUAAUCCAGGAUGGAGAUUACUGUAUUUAUACUUAACUUGGCAACAAAAAUGGACUGACAGAAAAAAAUAUGGAACUGCAAUCGUUUCUAAACCCAAAUAAGAAUCACGGAAAAAAAAAACCCACAAACUAAACAGAAACUUCUACUUGUUUAUACAAAAGGGAAAAAUAGACAUAUAUCAUUGAAAAGGUAUUGUCGAAUAGAUUUUCACAAACAAAUUGUUUACACAUGUUGCUAUUAAGGCAACAAAUAAGGUAAACUAUGAAUAUAGGAAGGAAUACAGGAAUGGCGCCAUCGGCCCAGUAAUAAAAAUUUGCAGUUGAAAUUGUGUAAUAUAAAAUAUAAAAAGGAAUGUCCAUAUAUUUAUAUUUUAUCUAGGCUCAAAAACUAAAAUACAAAAUACCUAUUUUCCCCUUAAAAAACGUUUAUACGAAUAAAAGGAGAAGCACAAACACUGUACCAAUCAGAAAUUCCAUACUUUAUAGCGUUUUGAUUUUAAAAUUAAACAGGAGUGGCGUCUUCUAUUUAUUAUUUGGAGGUUGAUUGUAGUCAUGGUUGUAACACAAUACCUAAUAAUUUUAAAUAUAUGUAUUUGUUAAUUCGUUUUAUUCUAGGAUUUCUACUACACUUCUAGAAGAUUUGAUUUAUUUUUUGCAUAUUUAGAUCAAUGCUUAGGCCUAAAAGUAGUUGAAACUUGAACAUUUAUUUUUUUUGGUAAUUAAAUAAAUGUUAUUGGCCAUUGGGCUGUUGCUAUAGGUCACAAUAGUCAUGAACAUAUGAAAACAAUUGUUAUUUCAAUUAUUAUUUAUUUGAUAUGGUGUAACGAAAGGUUGUUUUAUAAUUAAUAUUAAACUGUACAUAUUUUAAAAAAUAAAUACAAUUUAAAAUGUCUGAUUUCAACAAAACAGUAAGAAUUAUCACCUCUCAAACAAUUCAAACAGUAUAUUACUUAUCGGUCUACGAUUAUUAAUGUCUGGUACAAAGAGAGGACGUGUGUUGCGUCCUCAGAAUAUAACUGAAAAAUGGAAAAUAUCUCUCGUGCGUGUCACAUGAGUCACCAAUUCGGCUUACUAUUGAUGAAAAAAAAAUGGCCUUUUAGUAGUUUAGUAUUACUAUCUAAACUUUUCGAAUUUAAUAUUUGACUUUUGGUUACUCACCAAUCAACAGGUGAUAAAUGUUUUUAAAAUUAAAAUUUAUUAGAGGUAAUAUUAAUUUGUUUGUUAUUUUUAUUGUACUUUAAAUCAUAAAUCAUAGAUAACAUUUAGAGUAUAAAUGUGAUAGAUAGAUGGAUAAUUUAAAGUUAGGUACACAGUAAUUUAAGGAAUAAAUAAUUGUUUAAGAACUUAAUGUUUACUAAACUUAUUAACAACUAUUUUAGAUUCUGAGCGAAGUGAUGAUGUAUUGAUUUUACAAUGAUGUGUUUUUUUUUUGUGUGUAAUCACCUUUUAGGGCAGUAAAAGUGCUUGGAUUUUCUUCAACAGUAAUUUUUCUGAUAGGAAAGUGAAUCUAAUUGGUACUUUGGGGAGUCAAAAGUAAAAAUUUCUCAGUAGUUUUUGCGACGUGAAAAACAAAAGAAAAAUUAAGGAAAAACCGGAAUUUUUGCGCAAAAUCUGUUUUCGAAAAAAUCGAUUUUGGUUUUUGGUGUAACUCUAAAACAAAUGAACGUAUAUACAUGAAAUUUUCACUGGUUGUUUAUAUUUGCAUUUUCUAUACACGAUAAAAUUUUAAAAAUAUUUUUAUUCGUUUUGAACUGUUUAGGAACAUUUUCAGUUUCCAAUUUUAUUAGUAUUUUUUUCUAUGGAUGUCAAUAAAACUUUAUUUGUUGGGUAAAAAAGCUUGACAAUUUAAUACAAGGCUCCUACUAUAUUGUUACUAUGAUAUUUGAAAAAUAUUAAAAAUCCUUAGUCACAGUUUUUAUUUAUAAGCAUUAAGUUCAAAUCUUGACAAAAUACUGAAAAAUCACGAAAAUUAGCAAAUUAUUUUGAGUUGAGAAUUCAUAAAAUUUUUCCUUUUAAAUCUAAGAUUUGAAAAUGUAAUACAAGAUUAUCCAUAAGUUUGUCUACGCUUUAUCAAAAAAAAAAAAUGUCUACAAGAAAGUCAAAUUAAAUUUUUAUGAGCGUUUGAAAUUCACGUUUUUACAAUAUUUGAUAUUCACUCGAUUUCUCAUGUUACGAUUUAUUUAUUUUGUUGUAAUUAAAAAACGUAUGACUGUAGAUACUUGAAAAUUUCACCGAAUGUUUAUAUUAGCAUUUUCUAUACACGAUAAAAUUUUGAAAAUAAUUUGACUCUUUUUGAGCUGUUUACGGACAUUGUCAGUUUUAAAUUUUUUUGGUUUUUUUUCUAUAAAUAUCAAUAAAAUUUUAUUUGUUGGGUAAUGAAGCGUAAAAAUUUAAAGUUCUAAUUUUGACAAAAUUUAUAAAAUUUCAAAUUUAAUAAUUAUUUUGUAGUUAAAAAUGUAUAAAAUGUUCAACUUUUAUAGCUAAGGAUUGAAAAUUAAAAACAAGGCUCCACGUAAAUAGGUUAUUUAUAAAUUACUUCAUUCACAAUAAAAUCAUCAAAUAUACUUGGUAAUAUCAUAUGCUGACUGACAGUGCCACAAUAACCGGGUGUGUUGCUUGUGUUGAACACACGGGCCCAGAGCCCCAACCCAUAAUGGGGGGCCCCAAUGAUAAAAAUUUAAAAAAAUACAGAAAGGAAAAAAUAAAACCAUUUUGUUAUAAUAAUAAUUAUUAAUAAAGAUUGAACACAAUAGAUAGGUUUUGUUUUGUACACAACAUUGUCAUACACCAACGUUUAUUUUGCGGACUGUACUUAUAACCGAAAUUAUACCCACGCGUUUUAAUUAUGUUAACCUUAUUUUGAAUGAGUAAAAACUCAAAAUUCCAAAGUAUGUUUUCAAAUUUGGAAAAACUAAUUUUACAACAGUCGAUAGAAUAAUUUUUCAAAAGUAAGGGAGGGGGGCCUAUUCAUUUUAUUUACACACGGGCCCAAAUUGGCUUAGUUGCGGCUCUGCUGACUGACCGUUUUCGCACAGAAUCGUUUUUCUUAUACAAUGAUAUUAUAUCAUUGAAUUCAAAUUUAACACAAUCCAUUACAGUGACCCACUUGUAACACUGUAUACAGCAGAGUGACAUCCACUUACCCACCUUUUUUUUAGUUGCAUUUGAAGCGACUGUGAUGAUUGCGGGCAACUGCCAUAUUUUUGUAACUGCCUUACAAAUUUUUUGGUAUUCAAAAAGUAUAUUUUUUUAAGUAGGUUCUUCGAUUUAUUAAAAUUAAAUUUUAGAUGAGUAGUUUAAUUUGUACGGGUUUAUAACCACGGGCCUAGAUUUAAGUGCCCUUUAGUUUUUUUAUAUGAAGUGGUAAAUCUAAAUUUUAUACACCAACUGUGCAGUGCGCUCAAUUAAUUUUAUAAGCACAGAAUAUUCAAUAUAUCAAUAGAAGCGAGAUAUUGCUCCUCUUGACUCUUUAUUUACUCUAUGUGCCGCCUGCAUGAACAAACGUACCGAAAUUAGGGCUCUAGAUAUACAUAUAUAUGAGUCGCACGGUUAAACGGCCACAGGCUACGCUGCGUACGCUAGGGUUGCUUUUUUGACCCGCGUAGUAUAUAAUUGUUCUAUGGUAGACUAAGUUUAGGGCCAUGUUUUCAUAGAUAUUAUAAUUAUUUUAGUAUUUAUAUAUAGAUUCUUACACGAAGUAGAGAAGAGAAGUUGAUAACAUUCGACUUGGCCAGGAGAAAAAAAGUGGCUUAGUUUUCGACGACAAAUUUGUAGUUUAAAUAUUAUCCACCAGCAGCACCACAAGCUUCGAAGGCCGGGUGUUUGAAUAAUUGCAUUAGACACCUUCUCUUAAAAAUAUUUAAAUAUUUCUAAAACACUAUUAUAUUAAUAAUAAUAGGUGAUGUGCCCAAGUAUAAUACAUAAAAUAAUAUACAUAUAAGUAGGUAGUUAUCACAUAAUAUUAAUAAAGUAGUUACAACUUGGACUGUUUUGAUAAAUUAUUUUGAUUUUUAGUCUAUAGUUGAAUUUCCCAAAUGUUUAACAGUUCAAUAUCCUAUAACAGUUCAUACAACAUGUGUCAAAUACCUAGUUUUUAAUGUAAAUUUUUUAGUUUUACUUGUAAUAUAUUUGUUUUUAAUUCAAAUCUUAAUUGUUUCAUUUGUCUAUAUAGUUAUAGAGUGUUCUCAGGGCUUAAAGUGUGAAAAAUUCCAGAGGGGGCUAAUGUCUCCAUAUAGUUUUAACUUUUAAGCGUUCCUUUAUAAUUUUAUGUAUAAAACUUAAUUUGUUAAAUGGGACGCAUUUUAACCGUCAUCAGAGGUAGGGUUGACUGAGUCCUCCUGCAUCCCCCCCUCCACUUUAACCCCCGAGUAUUCUGUGUUGUGACUUAUAAAUAAUAUCCUGAUUUGGGUAGUAUUUUUUACAAAUUAUGUUAAUAUAAAUAGUAAACUAUAUUUACUAACAUAAACAAAUGUGUUAUUUAAUUAAAACUAUAUAAUUAUAUCCCAAUGAGAUGAUAAAAACAUGAAACUUAAAAUUAAAUAUGUUAUAGCCUAUAGGAAUAUUGUAAUAAAGAUAAAUUAAUAUAUAAUACAUUUUUACAAAAGGUUAAAAUUCGAUUUACUUAAUAUGUACCUAAUAGUUAUUUACGGGGUUAUUUAUUAAUUAUAGUUAAUCUUACAUCAAGAUAAAAGUUAUAAAAAUAUUGUUUAUUCCCUAGUUAAUUAUCAUAUUAAAUUAUAAUAUUUAAAUUUAAAGUAUAAUAGUAUCUUGAAAAUUACUUUUUUUUUUUUUAUUCAUUUACGUAAUUUACAAUCUAUACAAAGUUAUGUACAAUGAGCAAAUAGAAUAUUUAUAGUAUAAGUAGCAGAAUUUGACAUUUUUGGGCAGGCACUCAGCAGCACCACCCGACUAAAAAAAAAAUUACUUAAAAUGAUUUUAUGUACAAAUAAUUUAUCUAAGUGUAUAAAUUAUUAGUAGGUACCAAAUAAUAAUAUAUUAUUGUGGAGUAAUCCUAUUUAGUAAUUACCUACUUAAAAUUUAUAUAAAAAAAAAAUGUAAAUAUUAUUUCGUCUAUCAUAUAGUCACAGUACCUUUGGAGCUCUAAACAAUGAAAUAUUUUUUCCUUCACUUCCACUAGCGUAUCCUGUCUUACAGCCUAGUAAAUAGCAUUUAUUUGGCAUUUUAAAUUAUUUAAUUUACCUAUCAAACGUUUAAAAUAAUAUUUUAAAACUUAAUAUAAUAUUUAUUGUUUGGUCACCUAAUAGUCAAUAGUAGACAUUUAAAUGGGUAGUCAUAGUUCUUACAAUAAAUCUAAUAAAUUUGGAACAAUAUUGGGAAGGGAUUUAUAUUUUAAAUACUAUUUGUUAUGACUGGAAGUCUUCCUCUGUAUGUUUAUUUUAUUGAAUUCGUGACUAUAUUUAUACUUUACAUUAGUACACUAUGGUGUAUAUUUAAUGCACCAUAAUAGAAAAUAAUUAAUAUAACCGGCCUUCGAGUAGUGUGGCGGUGCCUAGCGGUAUUCAUGUUAACUAAAUUUGUGCCACUUUUUUCACGGAGUGUUAUCACUUUCUCUUCUCUACAUCGUGGAUUCUUAUAUUUCUGCAUAUUUUGUAUACGGAGUUUUGUCUCCUUAUCUCUAAUCUUCAUGUAUUCAACAUAUGGCUACACUGGAGCACCGCCCGUUUUAGCAGUGUGAAUGUGAAAACGAUAUCUCACAAACUAACUAGGAACAUCGAUCGAUGUUUUUUAGACUCUGGCUUUGAUUUUCUGUAUGGUGUUUAUACUUUAUUUUUUCUUUUGUUGUCCUAUACUCCUAUCCGAAAAUUGAUUUCGAUAAAAGCAAUAUAAUUAUCGCAUUAUCGAUAGUCAACUUUAAAUGUGAAAUAUCCGAAUUUUGGAGGCAAAUUUCAAGUACAAAUACAUUAUGAAUCGGAGUAAUAAAAUAUCAAUUGAAUUAAAUCCAUUUUUGCAAUCGACAUCACAAAUUCCGUCCGGGACAUCAAACAAUGGCAAAAAAAAAAAAAGCAAACGUCCUUAUACUAAAAUAGUACCGGACCGUUCUAACAUUGAAACUGUCAGUUAUCAAAAAUUAGUUGUACCAAAGCGUAUGCAUAGUCCUUACUGGAAAUAUUUUGGUUUUCCUGCCUCAGACAAUGGCAGUAUACUUACCCAAGAUCGAAUUAUAUGCAUACUUUGUAAAAAGCAGUUUGCUUACAAAAGUAACACUACCAACUUGAGAGUACACUUGCAAAGCAGGCAUAAGACUGAAUUAAUGGUACUGGAAAUGGGGUCAUCUAAAGAUGGAAGUCCGAAAAAAAGACAUGGCAAAAAUGAACUAAUGUUAUUAGCUACAUCUGAAGGCCAAGUGGAUGUUAAUAGGUCAAGUUGUAGGAUAAAACAACAGGAUGUGUAUAUACAAGGAGAAAUUAAUGAACAGUUUGUUGGAGAAAACGUUGCUAAUAUCCAAGAACAACCCUCUCAGAUGUCAGUUAUUUUUCAAGAGAUUGACAAUACACCAAAUGAUGUGAUCAGUAAAGUUGUAUCGGAUGCAAUUAUUGAUUUUGUUAUAGCUGAUCUUCAUUUACCAGAUAUUGUAGAAGGCAAAGGCUUUCAACGCCUUAUUGCUACGUUAAGGUCCCCAUGUGAAAUUCCAGGAAAAUAUAAAUUAGAACAGUACAUAAUUCCAAGAAUUUAUGAAACAACUAGAUCUGCUGUGCUCAAUAGCAUUGCAAACAGUUGCAGCACUUUUGCUUUAGGUGUAGAAGAAUGGAAAUGUUCUAGCUUAAAUGUUUAUAUUACAAUAAGUGUAUUUUUCCAACAGUUGGAUAAAGAAGGUUUGUGUAUUAAACAACUAGCCACAAUUUUAUGUAAUCCUAACAGAACUGCUAAUGAAUGGUGUGGAAUUUUGGGUUCGUUGUUUGUAAAUUGGAGUAUUAAUAUUGAACAAGUAAAAACUGUCAUCAAAGCAUUUACAAAUGAAAAUUUAGAUGCAGCAUUACGAACUCAAGGUUUUGUUCUGAUACCUUGCCUAAUUUAUGAAUUACAAAAUUUAUGUACAAAAAGUUGUUUUGAAACUGAAGAAGUAUUAAAUGUUUUAACAAAAUGUAGAACAGUUUCUGCUAAACUACAUCACCAUAAUGCUUUAACAUCUGUCACAGUUCAGGAUAAUGUUGUUCAAGUAUAUAAUUCAUUUCUCAGUCGAGAGUACCCACAAAUUUGGACAACGACUUAUCACUAUUUAGAACGUUUUGUUCAACGAAAAGAAACCAUAACAACUUUAUGUAACACAUUGGAUAUUGGGUUUUUUCCCCAUGAAUUGUUAACUGAUAAAGAUUGGUCAGUUAUUGAAGAUGUUGUUACAACACUUGAGCCCUUAAAAGUCACUGUUACUACUCUUAGUGAAGAAAAGAUACCAUUGAUAUCAUUAUUGAAACCUUUGAUUAAUCAACUAACCAGCUAUCAUUUGAAAGUUAAACCCAGUGAUUCAAAUCUUGCUGCUAGUUUAAAAAACACAUUUUCUAAUGAACUUCACUGGAAGUACAAUAAUAUUGAUGUACAAACAUUUUUACACAUAGCAACAUUAUUAGAUCCAAGAUUCAAAGAUUUUCCUAUGACUGAAGGUGAAGAACAUCUUCCAACAAUUAAACAGGAACUUGUUAAAAUGGUUGAAAUAGAAGGUUCUGUGACUUAUGAUAAUAAACCGAGUGUGACAGAAGUUGACACAAAUGUACCUAAAAAACCUAGAAUAUCAGGUAUUGGAUUUUUACUUGGAAGUGUUGCUAAUGUAAAAAGUUCUCCUAUUGUUAAUAAACAUAAUAUGUCACUUGAAGAUCGACUUAAUUUAGAAAUUGCUCAGUAUGAAUCUGAACCAACUCCUUGUCUCGAAGAGUGUCCACUUAUGUGGUGGUCAAGAAUGUCAUCAAAAUGUCAAAAUCUUAUAAGGCUGGCGAGAAAACACUUUGUGUAUGCUCUUAGUGGAUCAUCUAGUAAAUUACCACUUGAGUUACAAACACUAUUUUAUAUAAAAAGAUCACAAAUAAAUCAAGAACUAGUAGAUAAAAUGAUGUUUAUUAAUGCAAAUACAGUAGAAAAUAAUUGAUCAUAAAAAAAUUAAUUUGUUUACAUUUAAAUGUAAAUAAUGUACAUAGUUAAAUCUUAAAAUAUAUUUUUUGAUUGCUAUUUAAAUAUUUGUAUAUAGUAUAAUUAUUACUACAUGAGUGAGACUACAUUUCAUUCAACUAUAACUGAAUAUUCUGACUAUUUUUAAGUUGCAUUUGUUUAAUUUUAAUUAAUUUAUAUAUUUAUGCUACUUUGAUAUAUUAUAUAUAUAUUAUGUUAUAAACAAUUAAUAAAUAUUGCUGUAUCUAUUUUUUUUUUUUGCAACAGAAAAGGUAGUUUUGAAAUAACUAAUAAGUUGUAUUUAUAUAUAAAAAUGUGUUUUAUAAUUUAGUUAAUGUAUGUAGAAACUUUUCAAUUUGAAAUUGUAACAACAAUAAAAAUAUAUUAAUGAAGAUUAUAGUCUAAUUAUUAGUAUUUUAAUUUGUAAACUAAUAUGAUUUUUCGAAUUUCUAGUUAAAUUCUUAGCCAAUUAUUUGAAUAUUGGACAGAAACAAUAUCCAAAUUUAAACUGAAAGCAACAUUAAAGUUUAACCGAGUACAGGACAUAUAAAACAACUUUAAAGAUAGAUCAAUAUUUUUCUUGAAUCAACUUUUUGGUUGUAUAAGUGUAUAGAUUGAAAGCCGUGAUUU